UAUAUACCUCCAUGUUGUGACGUCACUGAGUGGCAGUAGGGCGAGUAGAAAAUGGUUGUGUUCCACUGAUGACAUCUGAGAAAUAUAUGGUUUGACAGUGCAACGAGUAUCUUCAUUACAAAUAUGCCUCUCUUUGGUAAAAAAAUGGGAAAAGAGAAGGAUGUUAAGAAACGAUACAUAUUCAAGGAAGUGCUUGGAACGGGUGCUUUCUCCGAAGUCUCCCUUGCUCAGGAUACGCUGGAAUCGUCAAAACUUGUAGCAAUCAAAUGUAUCAACAGAAAAUGUCUGGCAGGCAAGGAAGAAUCCCUGGAAAAUGAAAUAGAAGUUCUACGCAGAUUGAGACAUCCCAACAUCGUACAGUUGUUUGAUGUGUUCGAAGAAAAAAACAAUGUCUACCUGGUCAUGGAACUAGUGACAGGUGGGGAGCUGUUCGACAGGAUCGUCGAGAAGGGCAGUUACACAGAGAAAGAUGCUAGCUCCCUCAUCAAACAGGUCCUCGAGGCUGUCGACUUCAUGCACGAUUUGGGCGUGGUCCAUCGGGAUCUAAAGCCUGAAAAUCUACUGUACUAUAGCCCUAAAGAAGAUUCUAAAAUAAUGAUCAGUGACUUUGGGCUUUCAAAAACAGAGGAUUCCGGUAUCAUGGCCACAGCCUGUGGCACACCCGGUUACGUAGCUCCAGAAGUGUUAGCACAGAAGCCGUACGGCAAGGCGGUGGACUGCUGGUCUAUAGGUGUAAUAGCCUACAUAUUGCUUUGUGGAUACCCGCCAUUUUACGAUGAGAAUGACACAGCGCUAUUCGCGCAAAUACUACUGGCGAAUUAUGAAUUUGACUCACCUUACUGGGAUGAUAUUUCACCCUCAGCUAAAGAAUUUAUCGGACACCUCAUGUGCAAAGAUCAUAAUACAAGAUUCACAUGCAAACAGGCUCUGAAAUUUCCUUGGAUAGCAGGUGACACAGCCUUAGAGAAGAAUAUCCACGCCUCUGUUAGUGCCCAAAUGAAAAAGAAUUUCGCAAAAUCAAAGUGGAAGCAAGCCUAUAACGCUACAGCUGUCAUCCGACAGAUGAAAAAGUUGGCGAUGAGUAAAGAGGACCAUUCCCCGUCGUGUACACAAGAAAAGAAGUAGAGGAUGUGAGAGUCGGAGCCACCUACCUACACCUUCAUCAUUACUCUCAUCGCACUUCUCAUGUCUCAUCAGUCUCAUCCGUAGAAUUGAUAUCAUUUACGACCGAAACGCGUCAUAUUUUUGCCUUUUUCCCUGAUCAGACAACAGGAGAUUUGUUAUUGAACAUUAACUUGCCCUAUAUAGUGUCAUGUGUCUGUGCCAAUGAUGGGAGUAGAUUCUUUGUAUUCAUAAUAGACCGGUUGUCUUCGUAGAGAGGUUAAAAGAUUAGAUUUAAUAUCAUAAUCCGAUUGUUCAUAAGCAGAUUUGUAGUCUACAAUAUUUUUUUCAAAAAUCAUGUUCAUGUUCAAUUUCAUCAUUUGCAGACACAUAUUUUUUUUUUAAUUCAAUUUAAGGUAAGAGAGUCCCAGCACUUGGUUUUGUAUCUCCAACAACAAAGAGUUCCAAGUUGGCAUUUAACUGACACAGAGUUGUUAUAUACAAAAAUCUUUUUUGAUAAUUUUCAUCUUCACAAAGUUUUGAUGCAGGUGUUUAUUUAGUCCAUGGCCUCUUCAUUAUAGAACCGGAAGUUUAUCCACUGCUCUGCAGGUCAGGAUAUUUGUUACUUUGAAAUCAGAUAUUUUUGUUGGGCCCAAAUUUCGUGGUUUCCUCCAAAAAAACCACCCUUAUACGAGUACAUGAAUUUGUGGAUUAUCCACUAAUACGGAUAAUAGCUUUAUGUCAAACCUGUAAUUACUUUGUGGACCUCUGAAUUGGGGGAAUGAAGAGCACCCAAGAAAUCAACAAAAUUAUAAACAUGUAAAUUAGUGAUUUCACAGUAUGCAGGUUUUUUUUCGUCAACAUAUUGCUUGGAAUAUGUUAAUAUGAAUUAUUUCAAACUGCCUAAUAAGACCAGUAACUUAUAACUGUUCUGGUAUGAAUGUACAUGAAAUAUGGCAACCACACAAAGAAAAGUGAAUGGAUUCUCUCCCUUAAAGCUUGAUGCUAAUAGGCUUUAUUAAACUGAUAUUAUGAAUUCUGUAGUCAGAGUUAAACAGCUGAUUUUAUGGUUGUACCAUAUAAAAUAUUGGAGCACAAAAUAUAAUGCCACAUUUAGCUACAUAGAGAAGACUUGUAACAGCUUAGAGGUGGUUUUAUGUAUACUGACUAUGUUAGAAAGGGGACCAUUGGUUAUUUAGAAAAAUGUUAAUGUCACUAGAAAAAAGGUGAAGGUCACUAGAGAAAGAUGAAAGUCUCUGAAGGAAAAGGCCAAGGUCGUUACAGAAAAGGUUUUGAUUACAAAAGGAAUGUCAUGGUCUGCAGAGAAAGUUUUGUAUCACUAAAAAACCCGAUAAGGUCACUAGAGGAAGGUUAAGGUCACUAGAGGAAGGUUAAGGUCAUUAGAGGAAGGUUAAGGUCAUUAGAGGAAGGUUAAGGUCACAAGAGGAUGGUUAAGGUCACAAGAGGAAGGUUAAGGUCACAGAGGAAGGUUAAGGUCACAAGAGGAAGUUUAAGGUCACAAGAGGAUGGUUAAGGUCACAAGAGGAAGGUUAAGGUCACAAGAGGAAGUUUAAGGUCACAAGAAGAAGGUUUAUGUCACAAGAGGAAGGUUAAGGUCACAAGAGGAUGGUUUAGGUCACAAGAGGAAGGUUAAGGUCACAAGAGAAAGGUUAAUGUCACAAGAGGAAGGUUAAGGUCACUAAAGGUACAUUUAAUUCAUUAGGAAGGUCAUUAGUGAAAAGUUAAGAUCGCUAAAGGAAGUAUAAGGUCAAUAGAGAAAGAUUAAGAUCAUCAGACAAAGGUGGAGGUCAUAAGAAGAAAGGCUUAGUACCAAGACAAUGAUUAAGACCACAAAAAGAAGCUUCAGCUUAUUGAAGGAAGGUAAAGACAUUUAAAAAAUAGAAAAACUGUUGCUACAAAAAAAAGGAGUAAAAGUUGGAAGAUAUGCUACAGUAUUGAACUUUUUAUCCUCCUUUUGCAUUUUCAUCUGUUUUUUUCAAGUCUGAAUUAUAAUAGUGUAGCCAUUUAGUUGGCCUUGUCUGUCUCAGAGUGAUGUUGUGAUAUAUUUAGUGUUGAAGGAAGAUAUUCUUUAGGACCUCUUGGCGUCUCACUUAUUCAUAAGACCUACUUCGGUAUUACCUGUGGUCUACAAUGAUAUAAUUGUGGAAGAAAUUCACCAUUCUCCCUGCUAUACUGAAUAGCUUUACUUGUUUAAACUGAUGAUUCUGAAUCGUGGACCAGAUCUUCCAUCAAUUAGAGGAUACAAAAAUCAAACUUCAGAAAGACUUCAAAAAAAGACAUAACUGCAGGGUAAAAGAUUUGACCAUGGACUCAAUUGAAAAUGUCACUAAUUUAUUGGUUUAUCAGGAAUAGUGCUCGUCAAGAAUCUCAAUACUUUUUAAACUAAUUAUCAAACUAGAAUGUGAUAUGAUGAACGUCUAUAGCCCCCUCCCCAGUAGUUUGUACUUGUAGAUAGUGUGUCUGUCGUACACUCACAGAGAUGCACGUUAAUUGUUAUUUUACCGAUCAAAUAUUGACGAUACACAAUGUAGUUCAUAAAUAUUUAUCAAAUGUGGGCUUCAGAGAUGACGGCCCAAAGUUAAUCCCUUUAUGCUGGAGCCAAAAACUUGAACUGUUUUUAUAUAAUGCUCUGUAUUGGGAGAUUAAUUCUCAUUUAGUACGAGUCUUGAAUCAUGAAAGUGAUGUUCAUCUCAUCUCAUAAGGAGGGACCAUGACCAAGGGGAGAUUACUCUUUCUUUCUCUCUUGCCGUCUCUGCAACAAUAAAUCUUAAUUUAUGUGUUCUUGCAUUUGCGGUCACAAAAUUACAUGGAGUGUCUUUUCUGAGGAGUUUAGUGAGAGAGAGGUCAAUAGGUCAAGGUUACUUGAUACAUCCCAUAAUAAGCAUGUAUGUAUUUAGUCUGUACCCUUUUCUAUGUCUUCAUUCUGUAUAGACAACAAUAUUGGAAAUGGUGGAUUUUUUUUCUCGCCACCAAUUCUUUAUGCAUCCCAGUGAGUGGAAUGUUGUAUUUGAUAAGUGUAAUUUGUUUGUGGAUAACGAGCCUGCAAUAAGGUGUGAUGUGAGACAAUCUUACUGCAGUCAGUUCAUGGUUUAGAUAUUAGUUGUUAAGUUAUUUUACCAAAUGUUGUUUGUUUUGGGGGUUUUCUUUCGUUUUCUUUGACAAUCUUUUUUUUUCAGUGCAAAUUGAUGAGCCCUUGUUAUGUGAAAACUACAACAAAUCAUUUAACACUUUGUUCAAAAUGUAUAACCAUUUUUAAUAUGCUGCCAUAGAUUAAUAAAAAAAAGAGAUUAAAAUGACCAGAUAUUUGAUUUAAUCUCAAGAUUUUUACGUUUAAAACUGUUACAAUUAAGUCUCAGAUUAACACUUAUAUUCUUUAUCACUUGAUGGAUGCACAGACUAUUUGCUGAACAAUUUCCAUAACUGCCAUACAAUCUUAUUAAAAUUCAUUUUGAUGUGAAAUAAUAUAUGUCUAAAGAAUGGUGAUUUAGGAAAACAACUCUGAUGUUUCAUAUUUUUGAAAAGAAAAAUUUGAAUGAUAUUCGCCUUAGCACUUGUUGGUUACCAUCGCACAACAGUGAAACCUUGUGACAUACUGCCAUUAUGAAUAGGAAAAGGGACAUUGUAAUAUGUUAAUUUGGUGGUAUUGAGUUGGCUCUUUUUAAAUUAUGUAAAGGUUUUGCAGUAUAUUUAUAUAGGUUUGAGGUGAAGCCACAACCUCAUGAUGAAAGAUCUUACCCAAAACAAACAUUUGAAGGAUCCAGAAUAAUAACAAACUUUUAAAGUAUCCAAAAUAAUGGCAAAGAUUCAAAAGAAUUCAUACUAAUGGCAAACAUUUAAAGGAUCCAGACUUAUGGCAAAAAUUAAAAAUAUUCAGACUUAAGUAUAAUGGCAAACAUUUAAAGGAUCCAGACUUAUGGCAAAUAUUCAAAAGAUUCAGACUAAAGUCUAAUGGCAAACAUUUAAAGGAUCAAGACUUUUGGCAAAGAUUCAGACUAAUGACAAAUAUUCAAGGGAUCUAGACUAAUGACAAACAUUCAAAGGGUCCGUACGAAUGAAAAACAUUUAAAGGAUUCAGAUGAUUGGUGCUGUGUAAAUUUUAACAUCAUGCAUAAGGAUUGUAUAAAAAUAAAUACCAAAGUUUAAAAAAUCACCAAGACUUGAAUGUUUGAAAUCAUCACAUAUUGAGUUGAACAUGGAAUAUGGACUUUGCGAAUGUGAACAUGAUCACGGACUUAGAUAACAUCUAAUUCCGUGAUAUGAUACAGGGCAUAUUUCCUAUGGUGAUAUGGUACCACAAGUUUUGAUAUUUGGCAUUCAGGCUUGACAGAUUGUAUGAAAGUUGAUGACGGAUGCUUUUGCAAUCACUUCGACAUAACAAACUUUUAAAAAUAUAUAUGUAUAUACGUAUUUGUUAAAUUGUUUCAUUAUUUAUAUAUAUACUGUUACUUGAUAAAAAAAUAAAUAUUGCUAUUGUAUAUUAGUCGUUCAUUGCAAAGAUGUGAAUUUAUAUGAUGACUUAUUUAUGUUACUAUGUUGUGUGUUUCAUAUUUUGAACAGCAGGCGACUAAACGAGGCAGGGUCCAAUAUGUACAUCUUGUAUCUAAAGCGUGAUUUUACUUUGUUAUAGCUAUAAACAGGCCACAAGUUUGUGAUCAAAUUGUCAGUUUACACUGUUUUUCAUUGUUUUUGAAAAGAUUUUAUACAGAGUCUUAAAGAUGGUAAAUUGUUUUCAAGAAGAUAUUUUAGACAUUGUACGUUGCAUUUGAUGAGAACAAUUUAGACACUGUACAUUGUGUUUGAAAGAAAACAGAUUGCCAUUCAUUUAAAACUGUCAUAUUGGGUCAUGUGUUUAUCAUAGGGCCUCAAAUGUGGUUCCGAUGGACAAAGGAUGUUUCACACAAAAAUGGCAAAAGCUGACAUAUUGAGAUUUUGAUUAAAAAAAUAUCAAUGCAGUUUCACAUAACUGAUUGUGUACAAGAAUAAGCCAAAAUAUGAAGAAGAAAAAAAAUCAGCAUAUUUAGCUCACAGAACCAUGUGAGCUUAUAACAUGGUGUAGUGUCCAUUUUACAUCCAUUGCCACUUCAACUUUUCCUUUAAAAGGUCUACUUGUCUAAAAUGGCUCUGUAGAUUUUGACCAAUAUUGGUCUGGAGCAUUGACUCAGCAUUUUAUAAAAGUAGGUGUAGGCCCCCUACUUUGGGUAUAAUUUGCCAGGAUUGCUUUAAUAUCCAUGUGAGCGAUACGUAUACAGGCCCUCUAAGUUCAAUAGUAGCUCAAGGUAUCUUUUUAAUUUGAAGUUUUAUAUUAAAUUAAUCGGAAACUUUGGAGAGACAGUGACCUGUUAAACAUUGUGCCAUUAUUUGUGUUGAAAGCUUUGCAUGAUCCUGUUGUUUAAACAAAAUAAAUAAAUAUUGGGAUUUCCCAUGGUCACAUUCGGACCAUUCAUAAUGCAGCCUUUAGAUGCUAUCAUGACUGACCAUUUUGAGCUGAAGGGACCUCAAGUUAUACAGUGCCAUUCAUGUUUAUGAUUCUGAGAAUUUGUGUACAAAUCAUGAUUGUAGCCAUUGGCAAACAUGAUUGGUAAAGACCAGUUAUAAGGAGUCGUCGUUUUGAUGUUCUUUGAUAAAAUAUUUACUGUAAACCCGGAUAUUUUCACUGCAGUUUAACAAUCCCCUUUCUCGCCCUCCCCAUUGAGGGCGAAUUUAUCAUGGCAGUUGAUGUUAAGCACAACAUACAAUAUAUAGUAAUUACAUGUCAAGGGUGAAAUUUACACUCGGCGAAGAUGGAGUUCACUGGCAAAGGGUGAAUAUUUGACUGUAUUUUUACAUAUACAGUAUUUAUUAAGAUUGAUGAACAAAGAAAUCAUGAUUUGUGAUCGUAAACAGAAUGUGAUUCUUGAUGAAAAUUAAACAAAUCAUGAUUUAUGACAAUUGGUUAAUUUAUCGUUAUUUGAACUGAAUGGUAAACAAUGAUUUGUGAUAAUCUUACAAAUCAUGAUUUAUGGCGAUUGGUAAAUUUAUCGUGAUUUGAACUGAAUGGUAAACAAUGAUUUGUGAUAAUCUAACAAAUCACGAUUUAUGACAGUUGGUAAAUUUAUCGUGAUUUGAACUGAAUGGUAAACAAUGAUUUGUGAUAAUCUAACAAAUCAUGAAUUAUGACAGUCAGUGAAAGAUUAAUGAUCUGUGGCAGUUAGAAUAUGGAAUGAAUCAUGACUUGGAACACAAAAUCAUGGCACUGUAUUUUCUCAAUGCUUUUUUUGUCGUAAAUAUUAUGUUAAAGAAAAUGUAUGAAUGUUUGUGUAAAUAAUGAAUAAAAAUCGUAUGGUGUUCUCAAAAUUCUGUAUGACUACGCAAAUGAUACAAUGUUAGCGAUUAUUAGUAAAGGACUAUUUGAUCACUUUUAUCAGAACAUCUUUAUCACGUUGCCGAUACCUGUAAAGUAUAUUAUGAAGAUAACAUGGUAGAAUAUAUUAGUAGACUUAUCACUGAUCGGUAGAUAUAGUCUAGACACUUACUGCAACUUAUAUCAAAUUAUGCAGGAUAAUAGAUUGUUUUUAAAGUUGAAAUUAUAUAAAAUGUAUAUUUUUUCACACCUUUAGUUAGCCAUAUAUCUCUGCACCAUGUCAUGUUGAAAGAUUUUAGAUUUUUCUCCUAAGAUACAUCCAUAUCAACUCCGUACCGUUACCAGUAGAUAGAUAGAGGGAUGGGUUGGUACAUACUUUGAGGGACUUUCUAAGCAUUCAUGUGAAAUCCUUCGUACUGCUGCACAUAUGUCAAAAUCUAUUUAUCUUAUUUAUAUACAGGUUAUGUCUCGGCAUAAACAAAAUUUUACUUCAUACCGAUUCGUUUUUUUCGAAGUUUGUGCAAGACAUUUAAUCUUACGAACUUAAAUCACAGAAACUGUGUGUUAUUUUUGAAAAAUCUUAACAUUUUAAAAAAGGGAACAAGAGUAUAUUGAUCACUUUGUUUUUAUUUAGUAAGAUGAUUUGCAUUAUUUUGAUAUUCAUUGUUUACAAACGUUUCCUUAUAAUCAGAGCAAGCCAUGUCUGACAUAGUUAAUGCCCUUAAACAAAUGAGUGUUGGAUGCUUACUUAGUUCAACAAAUUUUUAAUUAUCUGAAAAUCUAGAUAAAGUUGAAUUUUGUUAAUCCAGACAUUUUGGCUCUUUAAGUCUUAGAAAAUAUGUCAAAAUGAUGUAAUUUAUUUAUAUAUAUUUUUCUGACGAGGUUUCAUCAAACUAACAAGGAAUAUUGUGACAUUCCUGAUCUUUAUAUUGGAAUUAACCCUUCCACCUCUAUGCAACUUUAGUAGACUCUCCCGUGAUCUGGAUGAGUCCAUUAUGGUCUACAGUGGUGAAAGGGUUAACAAAAUACCGGAUAGGAGCAAAACAACUUAAGGAAACAUCUAGAAUCAAUCUAUUUAUUUAUAAACAAAUCUAAAUUUGCAGGUAAAAUCUGAAAUGUAAACAUUGCAAAAAAGAAAAAAAAAAUUGUUUUAAUAAUCUGAAAAUCUAGAUAAAGUUGAAUUUUGUUAAUCCAGACACUUUAGAUCUUUAAGUCUCAGAAAAUAUGUCAAAAUGAUGUAAUUUAUUUAUAUAUUUUUUUAUUCUGACGAGGUUUCAUCAAACUUACAAGGAACAUGACAUUGUGACAUUCCUGAUCUUUAUAUUGGAAUUAAGGAAACAUCUAGAAUCAAUCUAUUUAUUUAAAAACAUGUCUAAAUUUGUUGGUAAUAUCUGAAAUUUAAACAUUGCAAAAAAGCUCUGCUUGUGAUUCAGCUACUGCUUCACAGUAGCAGAGGUUCGAUGACAAAAUGUUGAUAGUUCCGCGGUUUAAAUCGGCAAAAUUUUGUGUUUGAAUUUUAAUUUAUAUUAGGUUUACCAAUAAAUGUCAUUUUAAAAUGAGUUUUAAAGAAGAUUUCAUGCUUUAAAAAAAUUGAAAAUGAAUUCACGCUACUUAAAAUUUGAAUAGAAUUAUGAAAUGCAUUAAGCAAAAAUGUUAAAAAACAUGGUUGGCCUAAUUAUUGUAAAACAAAAAUGCUUCUACAAAUUUUUGUUUGUCCUUUUUAUUGGUUGAAUGGUUGUCCCCUAUAGUGAGAUGUUCCUUUUGAAUAAAAAACAAUGUUGGAAAAUAGUUUUUCUCUAAAAUAUUUGCAUACCUACAUUUAAACGCGUUACAGCUCUCUGAAGAAUGAUGAAAUGGAAAUAUAAGUAAUUUUGGUCUAAAACUGAUUGUUAUAUCAGCUUAUAUCAGCGCAAGAAAUUAAUUGCAACUUUUUUGUUAACAUUUGUGUUCAUUUCAACGUAAAGGAUAUUUUUAUAAAUAGAAAUGUUUGUUUUAUACAUAAAAAAAAUUGUCAUUUUUGGUCUAAAGUUUAUAAAAUAAGAGGAGAGUCUUAUUUUCUCUGAAAUAUCUGUUGUAGGGUUUAAAUGCAAGUUUCUCAUCUGCAAUUUUAGGUUUGUUACUUACCUAUGCACCAAUAAAGGUGGGUCUUUAUCAAUAAUAAGUGAUAUAAUAAUAAUUUCUGAUGUAUUGGAGAGAUUUUGUACAUGUUUUAUGUUUUUCUCCUCAGUUAUUCUGUUCUGUGGUUGGUCCAUCUUUUGCAGUAAAAAUGUUUCCUAUUAUAUCACUAGAAAACUAUAUUUUGUGACAAUUUACAACACCUUAUUAUAUAUACUUUUAACGUAUUGGUUAUCUCAUGUUGCCAGUACAAUAAGCUUACAUAAGGUAUCAGAAAUAAUAAAAGAAACAAUCCCAAUAUC